AUGGCCACAGGCGCCGCCUCCACCAACUUCGCUUUGUACAGAGACAAUGCUACCUCCAACAAUGGGCUUGCCGACUUCCUCCCCGCGCUCUUCCUCUUUCUAGCGGUCAUCGGCGUACUAAUCUUGCUACUUUGGCUUAAGCAUUGUUUUGUUUUGGCUGAGGCCCAGGGCCUCGAGCUUGUUAACGGCCGCGGCCGCUUCGACACCUCCCGUCCGAGACAGGAAACCUCUGGCUAUUCCUCGCAGAUGACCUUCGACACCUCCCGUCCGAGACAGGAAACCUCUGGCUAUUCCUCGCAGAUGACCGUCGUCUCCCGAAGCAAUCAUCCUUCAGUCGUCCAAGCGAUAAACUCGAACGGAGCCAGGGACGAGGCCGCAGUGGUCGCGGGGGUUAGUGAGUCGACCAGGGCCGGGGGCACGACAACCGUGGAUGAGAGGCCGGUGGUCGUCGUCCCCGCCGGACUCAAUGAGUGGGUCAUCAACGCGCUUUGUAUCUCCGAAUACAAGGCCAGCGAGGGCCUCCACGACGGCUCCAGCGGCGAGACCUCCGAGUGCAUGAUCUGCCUCGACGAGAUCAUCGACGGGCAGAUCGUCCGGUUUCUGCCGGAGUGCUGCCAUGUAUUCCACGUCCAAUGCAUCGAUGCAUGGCUCAUAGAGCACGGCAGCUGCCCUCUCUGCCGGAGGGCCAUAAUUAGCAAUUCCGCCGUCUAA